CGCGCGCCGCGCGUGAUGGCGUCGUCCGGGGAGUCGUCCUCGGACGCGCCCUCCUCCUCCUCCGACGAUGACGACGACGACGACGCGCGAGUCAGCGCGCCGCCCGUCGCGUCGUCGUCGUCGUCGUCGUCGCGCGUCGUCGCGGCGUCGCGCGCGUCGUCGUCGUCGUCGACGAAACCUUCACGUCAACAUCAGCCUCGCGCGUCGCGCCCGUCGUCGCGCGCGAAGCGCAAGAGCAAACCCGCCCCGAUCGCGGUGUGCCUCACGAACUGCAAGUACGAGCUCCUGCGCUGCGUCCAGAAGAAGCUCGGGUGGAUCGAAGUAGGGUCCGACGCGGAGGACUGGCAGCUCUACUGGACCGACACCUCGGUCUCCAUCGAGCGCGUGAUGCGAUUAAAAGCGACGCAGAAGAUCAACCACUUCACCGGGAUGCUCGAGAUCUGCCGCAAGAAACAGCUCGCGAAGAACCUCGCGCGGAUGUCCGCGCUGUUCCCGUCCGAGUUCAAGUUCGCGCCGAAGACGUGGACGCUGCCGCUCGAGCUCGAGUCGUUCCUCGAUCAGUUCCCUCGGAAGGCGUCCAAGCCGGGUAAGAGAACGUUCAUCUUGAAGCCGGACGCGGGGUGCCAGGGCAAGGGCAUCGCGCUCGCGCAGUCGCAAGACCACAGCAAAGGGUCCAACGCCGUCGUCGCGCAGAGGUACCUGUCGAAGCCGUUUCUCAUCGACGGGUACAAGUUCGACCUGCGCGUCUACGCGCUGGUGAUCUGCGCGGAUCCGCUCAGGGUGUUCGUUUUCAACGACGGCCUCGCGCGGUUCUGCACGGAGAAGUACGAGCCCCCGGGGAAGGGGAACUUGAAGGACACGUGCAUGCACCUGACGAACUACGCGGUGAACAAACACAACGAGAACUUCGUGUUCAACGACGACGCGGGCGCGAACGGAGCGGGGAGCAAAUGGAGCGUGCAGGGGUUGAAAGACUGGAUGGAGGACAACGGGCACGACUUCGUCGGCGCGUGGGAGGGGAUCGUGGACUUGAUCGUGAAGACGAUCGUCAGCGUGCAGCCGGUGCUCGCGCACAACUACCACAGCGUCUUGCCCCCGGAGACGAACGACGGGUACUCGUGCUUUGAAAUUCUCGGCGUGGACGUCAUGCUCGACGAAAACUUGAGACCGUGGCUGAUCGAGGUGAACCACUCGCCGUCGUUCGGGGUGGACACGCCGCUGGACCUCGCGAUCAAGGGCGACCUCAUCUCCGACGCGAUCGAGCUCGUGCGCAUCGACCCGAAGCUCGUGCGGAGGGUCGAGGCGGAGCGAAAGCUCGCGUCGCAGUCGCGGUUGAUGGCGCAUAAAAAACGCGGCGCUGAAUCCGUGACGCGCGGCGACCGCGACCGCAAGGGCGUCGGCGAGGGAGACGCGACGACAGUCGCUGCCAAACCGACCGCGCCGCGCAAGCUCGGCGAGGGCGUCGAGGAGCGCCGAGCCGCGGCGAUCGAGGAGCGAAUAAAGUGGGAGAAAAACCACAGCGGCUCGUUCGAGCUCGCGUACCCGUCGCCGUGCGAGCGGAAACAGGCGCUGUACGAGAAGCUCCUCGUCGGCGCCAAGGAGAGCUUCGAGAACCACGGGCAGGUGGCGCGCGUGCGAGACGUCAUGGAGAAGGCCAAGUACACCGCGCUGCGACGCGCGACGGAGGAGGAGGUGCGACAGAACGCGAUCAAGAACGGGAUCAAGAUUCCCGCGGGGAUGGAGCUGAAGAAGGUGGUGGAGGCGGUGAUGAAGGCGCGCGCGGACGGCGGCUCGGAGACGUUGCUCACCGCCCCGAAG